GUGGAAUAUGUGUAGGUAGAUUGUUUAAUGGGUAACUGUCAGUGCGAACAAGGAAAAACGCGUUUCCUGCUUUUCCGUGAAAAUUCAGCAGGAAAAUAGGUGAAAAAUUGUGCAAUUAGGUAGAAAUAUGAUGUCAGGAAAUGACUUGACGCGGAAUGAAGUGAUUCAGCUGCUGCUUCGAGUGGGAAUUGCCUCAUUUGUUACCUUCUUCUCCCUCAAGUACUUGAUGAAUGCCCUGGAUCCCACGAAACAGAGCAAAAAGAAGGCCAAAAAUCGGGCAGAACAUCAACUGAAGAGGUUGAAGAACAUUGAAGGAGUAUCUGUGGAUACGAGUUCCUUCUCCGAGUACGAACUGGUCAUUGCAAGUCAUUUAAUCAUUCCGGAAGAUAUUACGGUGACAUGGAAGGAUAUUGCUGGACUGGAUACGGUCAUCCGGGAGUUGAGGGAGAGUGUUGUUCUGCCCAUUCACUACAGGAGUAUGUUUCAGAAAUCCCAGCUGUAUCAGGCUCCCAAGGGAGUGCUUCUGCAUGGACCACCUGGCUGCGGGAAGACCCUGAUAGCCAAGGCUACGGCCAAAGAGGCUGGAAUGCGCUUCAUCAAUCUCGAUGUGGCCAUGCUGACGGACAAAUGGUACGGAGAAUCCCAGAAGCUGGCAUCGGCUGUGUUCACGCUGGCUGAAAAACUUCAGCCAUGCAUAAUCUUUAUUGAUGAGAUUGAAUCCUUUCUGCGCUGCCGCAAUGUCAAUGACCACGAGGCCACGGCAAUGAUGAAGACACAAUUUAUGGCUCUCUGGGAUGGGCUUAGUACCGAAAGUGGAUUAAUAGUCAUCGUAAUGGGGGCCACAAAUCGCCCCCAAGAUCUCGAUAAAGCCAUUCUGCGGCGGAUGCCUGCCCAGUUUCACAUUGGAUUGCCCUCGGAGGAGCAACGUGGCCGAAUUUUGCGGUUAAUUCUGUCCACGGAAGCUGUUGCUGAAGAUGUGGACUUUCCACGGCUAGCUAAGCUUACCACAGGCUUCUCUGGCAGCGAUCUGCGUGAACUCUGUCGGCAUGCAUCCGUCUAUCGGAUUCGAGAGCUCAUGGAUGACUUUGACAGUGCUGGAGGAGUUCUAAGAGCUUCAACUUCAGCCUCUAGAUCUCCUCCGGCCAUCUCCAUGGCGGAUCUCCUGUCGUCUUUCGCAAAAAUGCGCGAAAAUAAACUCCACACAGGACUCCUAAUGGCUCAGGAGAGUCGAAUUGAUCUCGAUUGAGAAGGAUCUUCUGGAUAAAAGACAAUUAGACAAAAAAAUUAGGUCACGUAGAAGAAUUUGCACAGAAUUAAAUUUUCUCUCUCAACCAAAGGGAAUUAAAUGAAAUGGCUACAGUUUUCUGGGAAUUGUAUCUGGCCAGGCUAGGCUUGCUUUGAUGUUGAUAAAAAUAGACAGAAAACUUGCAAGAAAAA